AUGAGACCGAUGAUCGAUGGAAAUGGUUUAAGGACACGGAAAGGAGAUAUAGCAACUAAUGUCUUGGGGGUUUGUGAUAGAAAUCUUAACUUUACUUAUGUCUUACCUGGUUGGGAGGGAUCAGCCGCUGAUGGUCGUGUAUUGCGAGAUGCUGUUGUACGAAGGAAUGGUUUGAAAGCAAUUAUUAUUUAUGUGACGGAGGAUAUACAAAUGGAAAUGGUUUUUACGUCCCCUUAUCGAGGAUAUAGAUACUGGCUAAGGGAUUGGCAAGGUGACAAUCCACCACCUCAAUGCCGAGAACAGCUGUUUAAUAUGAAGCAUGCUAGGACGUGCAAUAUUAUUGAAAGAGCAUUUGGUGUACUGAAAGGACGUUGGGGAAUUCUUCGUGGUACUCGAGAGAUCGAAGUUGAUCCGUUAGACACGGAAACAGAAUUCAACAUGGAGCAUCAACAUGAACCUGAACAUGGAAAUAUUGAUACCGUUGAACCAUCCGAUGAGUGGACCACUUGGAGGGAUGAGCUAGCUCAGUCUAUGUGGAAUGAAAGAUCUAGCAAUUAG